AGUGACAAUUAAAUUAUAAAAAUCAAAACAGUAAACAAAUAAUUUCAAAACUUAAUGUUUCCUAAAAAAUAAUGGAAAAAUAGAUUAAAUCUAGUUGUACUAAUAGAGUACAACAUGGACAAACUUAAAUUAUGCAGAGCCUGUCUCUCUGAGAAUCCUUCUGUAUCGUUAUUCACCAAACUGCAGGUCAAAGAAAAAGACGCUGGAGACUCGACAACUUUGGCUGAAAUUUACACACAAUUUACCUCCUUAACUGUGGUUGAAGAUGACAACUUACCGAAAAACAUCUGCUCCAAUUGCGAGACUCAAUUUUCAUCAUUUAUGAAAUUUAAACAGACCUGUGAAACUUCCUAUCAGUCUUUAAUUAAAUGCUCUAAUGUUAAGGAAGAACAUAAUGAUAGUUAUGAUGAUUUUCCAGACUUGGGUGUUUCUGAUGUUGACCUCGACGAUACUGAUGAUGAGUUUAAACCUAAGCCUAAUUCUAAAGUAAAAAAUCCAAGAGGAAAACAAAGGAAACAAAGAGAAAUAAAGCCAUUAAAGUUCACUUGUGACAUUUGCAGUAAAUCUUACAAGUAUCAGAAAAGUUAUGACAGGCACAAGUGCAUUAAAAACGAAGCUGCUGUAAAUGUUAUUGAUAAAUCUCCCAACAAACCUAAUUUAAGGGAAAGGAAACCAAGCAUACUAGAAAAUGUAGUGGAUAAUGAUCUUGAUCAUGAUAUACAAGAUUCUUUAGAUAAGCAUAAAGAAGAAGAAGAAGAAGGAACUGCUACUAAACUUCUGAAUGGACAUGUAGAAGAUACAGAUUGUGAUGAUUUUGCCCAAGAUGAUGUUAAAAAUGAUCCUGAUUAUAACUCAGAUGAAUCAGACUGGGCUUCAGAAUAUAAAUGCAACCAGUGUGAUGAGAAUUUUAAGUUUAAGGCCGAUUUGAAAGAGCAUAGGAAAGAGCACAAGUCUGACAGGCCAUAUUUGUGCAAAAUUUGUGGCAAAGGGUAUAUGGAUAAAUAUGGGUUAAAGAGUCAUCUCACCACACACUCUGAGGAUAGACCGUACAUGUGCAAAUACUGCGGUUCAAGAUUUCGUACCCAAGGAGCGGUACGAGUGCACGUGCGCACGCAUACAGGCGAGCGGCCGUACCAGUGUCGCCACUGUCCUAAAACGUUUGCGCAACCCGCUAAUUUGCAGCAGCACGAACGUGUUCACACUGGUGAAAAACCUUAUGAAUGUGAAGAGUGCCAUAAAAGGUUUAACCAUAGCGGCAAAUUGAAAAUCCACAUGAGGUCUCAUAGCGGGGAAAGACCGUACGGAUGUCCUUAUUGCGAAAAAACGUUUGCAAUGAAGGAAACCAUGAAGAAGCAUAUUUAUACACAUACAGGAGAGAGGCCACCUAACUAUAAGCCUAAACCCAAGGCAGACACGAGCCACAUAGUUCCCACACACGAGUGCAAAAUCUGCCAUAAAAUGUUCAAGUUUGUAUCGAACUUAAAUCAACACAUAAAACGCCAUAACAAGGAAAAGCCGUACUUGUGUAGCAUGUGUGGGAAGUCUUUUGCCGAGAAACAUGGGCUUAAUGUGCAUCUUAAUUCACAUACAGGCGAAAAGCCGUUCGAAUGCAUGAUAUGCCAAGCACGGUUUUCGGCUCCUACGGCUCUCAAAGUCCAUUUGCGGCGUCACACCGGCGAGAAACCGUACAAAUGCGACAUUUGUGACAAGAGCUUUUUCCAGCCGAGCAACCUCAUUUGUCACAAACGUUCGCACACCGGCGAGAAGCCUUACGAGUGUGCUUUAUGUCAAAAGAAAUUUUCCGCCAGUAAUAAACUAAAAAUCCACAUGCGAAUGCACAGCGGCGAGAAACCUUAUCACUGUCCGCACUGCGACGAAAGCUUCGCACGCAGGGACGUACUGACUUCACAUUUGCGACGUCACACGGGCGAGAAGCCGUACGAGUGCAAAAUUUGUCAUCAGUGUUACUCGCACAGCGGCACAUUGUACACGCAUAUUAAAACGCAACAUAAAAUGAAAGGACACGAUAUGUCCGCUUUAGAGUUUUAAGUGUAAAUAUUUGGGCAUUUUAUUGCAAGACUAAAAGACUUGCUUGGGAAACGCAUUGUGAAUUGAGUGAGGAAUGAUGCGCUGAAUGGUCUUUUAUUUAUUUUAUUAUUUUAUUUAUUGUAUAUACACUUUUUAAUAUUUAGAAUAACUGUCUUUUGCUUGCAAUCUCGUCUAUAGUAAUUUUUUCUGUAGUAAUUUUACUUGUGUAGAUGUGAAAUAUAUUGUGUUUAAAAGAG